AUUGCAGGCUUUUGGACUUGAUCUGUUUUCCUAAGACAAGUCCUGGCUCUGAAGGAGAAGAGGGGAAGGGAAGGGAAGGUUGGUUUUCAGUUAAGACUGAGAACAUGUUUUACUCUGAUCAGUUUUGUUUUGUUGCGUUAGUACUUCCCUAGCACGCGCUCAACUCCAGCGCGUGACUUGUGUAUCCGCAAGGCAGCCAACAGCAACACGCAAAGCUUACUUGCCUACCUUCUUUAGAGAUGAGUAGCAUGCAAUAUGCAUCAUGCAACAAAGGCACAGACCUUAGUGGCUUUAAUUUGUUGGACGGCAUUUUCUUCUGUGAAGGAGAUGGGAAGAGGGAGAGGGAGAAGCGAGAUUGAGAAAGAGAGAACCAAAAUGAGAGAAAGGCAAAGAAGGGCAAUCACUACAAACAUCUUUCAUGGGCUUAGGAGGCAUGGCGGGUACCAUCUCUCCCCUCGCGCUGAUAUCAAUCAAGUCCUUUGUCACCUUGCCAAGGAGGCUGGUUGGGUGGUUGAACCCGAUGGCACCACCUACCGCUCCAUCUCCGUCUCCAAGACUGCUCACUGCUGCCCGGUUUGUGGAGCCAUGAAACCAAGUACCACCCCAACACCCAGCAGCAGCGUCGUGAUAGGUGGAGGAGAGUGUUCGACCACCGCAUCCCCUCGAAACAACCCGGAGGCAGCUGUUGAAGAUCCCAUCCGCGUCAUUGAUAGUUUUUGCGACAAUCUCAUUCCCAUAGCUCCUUAUAUGUAUGGUGGUGAGGAUGGCUUUUCAGCGUUGGCAUUGCAGCAACUGUACCCGCAGGAGGCAGCACCACGUAGCCAGUGUAUGCCACUUGGUUCACCUCUUGUUAGGGGAAAAGAGGAGGGAAACAUAUAACUAGAAACAUUUCAUAGAAACAGAGACUAAAUAACAUCUGGGUCCGGUUUAUGAGUUUAAAUUCCAAUCUACAUUCUGAGCUUACUUUGGUAUGGAUAUAUUCGUGGGUUGUCGUUUUAAUCCCACGAUUUUUU